AUGCCACUUGUUCUGAGUCUCACUUCCCUGAGAUGGCUAGUACUGCUUCUUCUGCUCAUAUCUUCCUCGUCCUCAUCUCUGCCGCGCCGGAGAGAAGAAGAAGCGGCAGCAGGUGUGUGCUCAGCAGCAGAUAGAGCUGCUCUUCUGAGCUUCAAGGUCAGAAUCGUCGUGGACACAACCGACAUUCUGUCUUCAUGGACAGGCACAGACUGCUGCGCAGGAGGAUGGGAAGGUGUCGAGUGUGACCCAGCUGGGAGGGUUACUGUCUUGCAGUUGCAGAGGCCAGGGUACAUGAAGGGUACACUCUCCCCUUCUCUCGGCAAUUUGAAUUUCUUGCAGGUAUUGGUCAUCAGUGGCAUGAAACAAAUCACAGGUCCAAUUCCCGACACCUUCUCCAAUCUUGCUCACCUCACCCAGUUGUCCCUCGAGGACAAUUCCCUCCAAGGCUACAUUCCUUCAGGUUUAGGCCGUUUGUCCUUCCUCCAGAGCCUCACACUCUCUGGCAACCGAUUCAAGGGCCACAUUCCCCCAAGCCUAGCGACUCUGACCAAUCUGGUCCAACUCAACUUAGCAAGAAAUUUGCUCACAGGUCCAAUUCCACCCACUUUCCAAAACUUUCAUGCCCUGCAGUAUCUUGAUCUCAGCUUCAAUUUGUUAUCUGGACUCAUUCCAAGCUUUGUAGGGCAGCAUCUGCACAAACUUACCUUCAUUGACCUCUCCAAUAACCAAUUUUCUGGUCAAAUGCCUGUUUCCCUCUUCAGUUUGCCCAACCUUUUGGACUUGUCCUUGGGCCAUAACCAACUGACAGGGAACAUUCCGGUCCAGGUUGGCGGCCUCAAAUCCCUUACUACUCUUUCCUUGAGCAAUAACCGACUUAACGGUCAUAUUCCAGCAUCCAUUUCAAAUUUGCAGAACCUUUGGUACCUCAACUUAUCCAGAAAUGGGUUUACAAGUCCUUUGCCAGAGACUUCUGCUAGGGGAUUCCCUUCUCUGUUGUCAAUAGACCUUUCUUACAACAAUCUCAUUCUAGGGACUGUUCCGGAUUGGAUCAGAAGCCGGCAACUUAGAGAUGUUCAUCUUGCUGGUUGUCAAUUGAGAGGAACCCUCCCAAGCUUCACAAAGCCUGCGUCUUUGAACUCCCUAGAUUUGUCCCAUAAUCAAUUUACUGAUGGGAUUUCAAUGCUCAACCUCAUCAGCAUGUCAAGCUUGCAGAGCCUUAAGCUCUCAAACAACCAACUCAAGUUUGACAUUUCAGAAAUCAAAUUGCCAGGCACCAUAUCUUUGGUUGAUUUACACUCAAAUCACCUUGUUGGAUCUAUCUCGAGGAUGUUGAAUAACAGGGAAAGCAGCUUUCGCUUUUUGGAGGUUUUAGAUGUAUCAAACAAUCAAAUUUCAGGUGGUAUUCCAGAGUUCAGACAAGGCAUGAGGCUCAAAGCAGUCAACAUAGGAAGCAAUAAAAUUGCUGGUCACAUCCCCAAUUCAGUUUCAAACCUGAUUCAACUCGAAAGGUUUGAUAUCUCAAGGAACCAGAUAACAGGCACUAUUCCCACAAGUUUGGGUUUGUUGGGGAAACUUCAAUGGCUUGACCUGUCCAUAAAUGGACUCACCGGAAAAAUCCCAACGAGUUUAUUGGGUGUUGAAGGUCUAAGACAUGCAAGCUUCAGGGCAAAUAAGUUGUGUGGAGAGAUCCCACAAGGGAGACCAUUCAACAUUUUUCCUGCAGCUGCUUAUCUCCACAAUUUGUGCUUAUGCGGCAAGCCUCUGCCACCUUGUAGAGGAAAGACUCAAAGCAACAAGCAGAAGAGAAAGACUCCAGAAAUAGAAAUGAGCCAGUAA